AUGAAGAAGACUCAUCUCAACCGUUCUCUCGCCGUAUUUCUGCUAGUCUGUGUUGUAUGACAUAUACAGUCACCUAUAAAGCUUAGUCAUUGGUUGGAUGGAGAGAAGAACUUCAGCAUGGUGCUGCAGGCUGUAGUGGACCCGGACAUGAUGUUCCUCGAUGUAAUAGCUGGUUGGUCUGUAAGUGUAAGCGACGACGUUGUCCUCAAAAACUCAGGUUUCUUCAAACUUGUUGAGAAAGGGAAUAGACUCAAUGGAGAAAACAUUCACCUCACAGAGAGAAGAACAGAGCUAAGAGAAUUCAUUGUAAGUGACUCAUGCUUUCCUCUUCUUCCAUGGCUUCUCACUCCAUACCAAGGCAAACCCUUACCGCUUCCUCAAACUCAGUUCAACAGAAGUCACUGUGAGACUACAAAACCAGGGCAUAUGGAAUUGUGGAAACUUAAAGAUACAUGGAGGAUAAUAAAUGGAGUGAUGUGGAGGCCUGAUAGAAACAUGUUACCAAAGAUGAUAUUUGUUUGUUGCUUGCUGCACAACAUUCUUUUAGAUAUGGAUGAUCAAACUUUGGAUGAUAGUCUUCUGUAUCAUCAACAUGAUGUGGUGUUUUAUGAUCACAGUAGUCUUUGAGUGGUUUCUUGCUGUUGAGGACAAUAGGUUUGUCCUUUGAUCAAUGAGCCACGGGAAGUGUCAGUCUUUGCCUCGACGAGUAAAAUU